AUGCAGAUUUCUAAAUUGCUUUUGUUGUUCGGUGUUUUGCUGUUGACAGGGGAAUCCUUGGCUGCUCAGUGCAAGAACCCUCCCCAGCGCAAAGAGUGGCAACUCACUCAGAGCAGACUCCGAACAUUCACUGGGUGCCGAUUAGGGUCACUUCGCUUUAUGGCAUCGGUAUUUUACCGCACCUAUGAGCGUUACUUAAGAGGGGUAUGCGGCUACAAGGGUGCCCAGCCAUACUGGAAUUGGGCCCUCGAUGCCUCCGCUACGGACAACUCAUUGAUGGCCAUCUUCGAGACGGAGAUCUUCGAUAGCGAAUACGGAUUCGGUGGCAACGGAAAACCAUUCCUGUCUGCAACUGCUGCUGAGAAUCCCUUCGACCUCACAGGCCGUACUGGUGGUGGAUGUGUCCAAGAUGGUCCUUUCCGUAAGGGCAAAUUUUUCAUCAAUCCCAACAUCCACGGCAGUCACCCCUUUGGCGUCGGCGGUGUUCUUGGCACACUUGGAAACUCCGCUCAUCGCCCUGGUGACCCUCUGUUCUUCCUGCAUCACUGCAACAUUGAUCGCGUCCUUUGGAACUGGCAGCAAAAGGAUCUGCCCCGUCGUCUCCACGAGGUCGGCGGUCCUAUUGAGCCACUUGAUUACAGUGGUCAGAAUGUGACUCUUGACUUUGAGAUCAACAUUGGCAAACUUGCCGGGAACGCAACCUUGGAGCAGCUACUCAACACCAAGGGUGAUGUUCUCUGCUAUGACUAUUAUACACCAGAGCUGGCUGCCCCGCAAGAUGGUGGUAAUACUGGUGGAUGGCAUUCUGGCCGUUAUGCUAGACGCGGAUAA